CCGGUGCAUUCUCGCCGCUGCUCUUUGCAACCUGCGGGGGCCGGUGCAUGCCCGGCGAGGAGUCGGGGCCGCUGCAGGUGCGUGCAGCCCCGGAGGAGACGACCCCCUCCCGCCCCCCGGGCGGACCUGGGGGCUGCGAGCCGCGGGCGGGCGGUCGAGCGAGAGGAAGCAACAAAGACAGGCUGCAGCUGGGGCCGGCGAGAGGGGCCGCGGCCGCCCGGCUCCUGGCGCGGGCGGAGAGGGCGCCCCGGGGAGCGGCGCGGGCCGAGCUGCAGCCCUGAGCAGGACCCCGAGGGGAGGCGCAGCGCCGCCCGCCGGACGCGGUGAGCACAGGCCCCGGCGAGGAUGCGCCGCCUGAGAGCUCGCACGGCCCGGGUCCCGGGCGGGCACGACCCACGCUGAGCCGAGAGACCCGCCACCGCCGACUUCGGACGGCGCGGGUCGGUGCCUGGAUCACCCUCACCGACAGCGUCCCUUUCCACCCGGAGAGAGGCAUCGGCCCCCAAGGGGGGCUCCCUCAGGCAACCUCUGCCGCCUCUGCAUGGCUGCGACCUGGCGAGCGGAGAGUCGUCGCCGCUGAGACCUGGUGCCCUUCAACGGCCUGGCUGAUCUGGGACCCUGCCGCAGAGUGCGUCUCGCUGCUGGCCCCCAGCUCAGCCAUGCUGGCCUGUCUCCAGAGGACCCAGAGCCCCCCGGGCCAGCAUCUGGCCUGCCCAAGCAAGAGCCGGGAGCUGCGCAAGUGCGAGACAGCCGCCAGCUCCAUGCAUUCGUCCCGCUACCCGAGCCCGGCAGAGCUGGACGCCUACGCGGAGAAGGUGGCCAACAGCCCGCUGUCCAUCAAGAUCUUCCCCACCAACAUCCGGGUGCCCCAGCACAAGCACCUGGGCCGCACGGUCAACGGUUAUGACACCAGCGGCCAGCGCUACAGCCCCUACCCGCAGCACUCCGCCGGCUACCAGGGCCUGCUGGCCAUCGUCAAGGCCGCCGUCUCCUCCUCCGGCAGUGCGGCACCGGCCGGGCCCGCCAAAAGCGUGCUCAAGAGCGCCGAGGGCAAGCGGACCAAGCUGUCACCAGCCGCCGUGCAGGUGGGCAUCGCGCCCUACCCGGCGCCCAGCGCUCUGGGGCCCCUGGCCUAUCCCAAGCCGCCCGAGGCGCCUGCCCCACCACCGGGCCUGCCCGCUGCCGCCGCCACCGCCGCCUCCGUCAUCCCCCUGCCUGGCCGCGGCCUGCCCCUGCCGCCUUCCAACCUGCCCUCCAUCCACAGCAUCCUCUACCAGCUCAACCAGCAGUGCCAGGCCCCGGGCGCCGCGCCUGCCGCCUGCCAGGCCGUAGCCGGUCCCCACCCCAGCCCGGCCAAGCACGGCCCUGUGCCCAGCUUCCCCGGCAUGGCCUACUCAGCUGCUGCAGGCCUGCCUGACUGCCGCAAAGGGGCCGAGCUGGGCCAGGGCGGCACGGCGGCCUUAACGUUGGCUGGGGCCACGAAGCCUGCAGGGUACGCGGACGGGGGCCUGGAUUACCUGCUGUGGCCGCAGAAGCCGCCCCCGCCGCCUCCCCAGCCGCUGCGGGCCUACAGCGGCAGCACUGUGGCCAGCAAGUCCCCGGAGGCUUGCGGGGGGCGGCUGUACGAGCGGGCUAGCGGGUCACCCCUCAACUGCGGCAUGGGACUGCCCACCGGCUUCACUGUGGGCCAGUACUUCGCUGCCCCCUGGAACAGUGUGCUGGUGACCCCCACCAGCGACUGCUACAACCCGGCGGCGGCCGUGGCGGUCACUGAGCUGGGGCCGGGGGCGCCCCGGGAGCUGGCGGGGCCCCCCGUGGAGGCCCUCUCCGGCCUGCCCAGCAAAAGCGUGUGCAACACGGCGGCGCUGAGCAGCAGCCUGCAGUCGCUGGAGUAUCUCAUCAAUGACAUCCGGCCGCCCUGCAUCAAGGAGCAGAUGCUGGGCAAGGGCUACGAGACCGUGGCUGUGCCCCGGCUGCUCGACCACCAGCAUGCCCACAUCCGCCUGCCCGUCUACAGAUAAGGCCUGCCCGGCAGACGCGCGGACAGAUGGACAGGGCGCUGAGCAGGGAGGCAGGCCGCAGAAGAGGGUGGGUAGUGCGCAGGGGCGCCCAGCCUCGCCCUGUGCCCGAGUGCCCGCGGGUGCCCACAGGGAAGCCGGGCUGGCUGCCGCCACGCGGCCACCUGAUGGGGAGCCUCGGGGCAACUUGGCUCCCCAAGGCCCCUCCCUGCUGUCAUCGGCUGCCCUAGGACACGGGGAGGGCCCGGGACAGCUGCAGACGCCCGCCACUUCCUCCAUCCAGGCUGGUGGAGGCAGGGAGAGAGAAACCACUUUAAAACAGGAAUGGUUCUUUCUGGUUUUCCCGAGAGAGGGGCUCAGGCCAGGGCAGGACACUGGAGGAAAUGUGAUGGUCCAGAGUCAGGGCGGGGUCAGAACAGCCCCCAGGGGUCGGAGAGCUCCUCCCCCCACGGGCUCCCCAGUCUCCUGGAAAAGGAGCAGAGAGGCGGGGUAUAGGAAGUUCCAGGGCCUGCAGCAACCCCCAAUGGCCAAUCCAGGUGAAGACCACUCUGAGAGGCUCCAAGGACCACCACUCCCCUGCUCCUCCUCCUCUAGAUUCUCCUUCCCCCUCCCAUUUCUUCCCAACACAGAAUUAUACCCCCAUCCCCACUCUCCAAGCCCCGUACUACCACCAUCCCCCUUCUCUCCACAUCUUACAGAGCUGCUGGGCACAGCCCUCCAGGCUGUGCACUGCACAAGGGCACCUCAUCCAAGGAGACACCAUUUGCAUCCUAGACAUGUAUAUUUAUUAUGGCAGUUUUCUGAAUCUUGAGGAAGGGGCGCCAUUUUCCUAUUCGCACAAAGGCACCCCAGGGGCUAACAGUGGGCCUGCUAUCUUAGGCACUGGUCAGAGGGACCCUACCCUGCCUUCCUCAGGGGUUGUCCUCAGAGCCAACGAGGAGGCAACCUACUGGUCUUCAUUGGGAGAUCCAGUCCAACGCCUUCCCUGCAAGCUGCCCUCCCAGGCCCGCCCCACACCAUCAAGGGGGGGGGGGGCGGGCAUGGGGGCAGGCAAGGACCCCUGUUAAGUCCCCAAGGCUCGAAGUCCCCCAGUCCUGGCCCAUCCGGCACUCCGGAAGCGGUACUGUAUCUCUCCAAGGCCUGUUCGAGCACUAAGUGCAUUUACAAAUCUCUGAGAAUGUUUUUUUUUUAUACUAAAAUUGACCAUUAUAUUCUACUGUGAGAAGUGCAGUCUGCACUAUAUUGUUUUAAAAACGAAGAGAAAGAAAAAAAA